AUGUGUCAAGAGGUUAUUGUUCAAUGUUCAUCAGCGAAUGACAAAUGUUCGUGGAAAGGGUCGCGUCGUGAACUGCAGAAACAUUUGGAAAAAUGUGUUUUCUACCUGUUUAGAGACCAUAUUGCUGAAUCAUAUACUGCUCUACAACAAAUGAACGACAAAGUAGAGAAACUAGCCGCUGACAAUGUUCGUCAAAAUGGUAUCAUAAUCGAACAACAGAAACAAUUACAAGAUUUGCAAAAUCGUUUGCAAAACUUUCAAGCCUCAAUCGCCCAAUUUUUAAAUUACAUUCAACAAACAGCGGAGAAAGUAGAUGAACAGAGAUAUGAGGAUAGACCCGCCGAAUUUUACUGUGGUUCUACGCUAGAAAUCCAAAGGAACCAAAAGAAUCCGAAUCACAUACUCAUGUCAAAUCAAAUGAACGACGAUUUGGGCAAUCAACAACUGAGAGAUGAUCGAUGUACAAUUCCGACUCAACCUGUAAAUUCAGAUCGUAUUGUUUCCUCCAUGUGUGCACAGAUCGGUGUCGCUCGUGAAACGAAUUCUGGUGAACCUAUCAUUGAACUACCUCAUACCGACGAAAAUUCCCGAGCGUCAGAGGUCCACGAUAUUCGCAAAACUACCUCUCCUUCUGACGCACGCAUCAGACCUUUUGUAAACCCUGAUAUUCAGCCAACAGUUCCAGUCGACCGCCAACAGCCUAUGCUUCAGCUGACUGUUCAGGGUAAUUCCCACUGUGGUAAUGUGAAUAUUAAUAUUGGUGAAAAUACCAAUGCUGGCGGUGGUGUCGACCAUGGAAGUACUGUGGGAUACAGAUAUGCUGAUACAAACCCUACGGGAGGCAAUGGUCAAACUGUUAAUAGAAGUCGUAAUCGUCUUAAUAAUCGUUUGCUUCCACCAAUACAUCACAAUACUUUUGGUAUAGCCGAGCACGGAUCGGAUGGUGAUUCAGAAGCUAGUGGUUAUCCUCGAUCUGCCAACGAUCAUUUCGAUCGUUCGUCGAUAAACAGACAUAUUGUGGGUCCUUACGCAUAA